AGUCAAGCACACACAGGGGAUAUUUGUUUGGCUGGGAAUCCCAAGCUAUGCAAAGUCCCUCCUUUUAACUGCCCUAUUAAACAAGGAACGCCUUCGAUGAACUGAAGUACCCACCUGCCAUCUAGAUAUUUAAAAAUAUAUAUUUACGGGUUUUUUUAAAUAUGAAACACAUGGUUAACAAAGAGUAGAAUACGCCGUCCAUCGUUCGUUUCUGGUUGGAACUCCUUUUGCUGGGAAUUCUCAACUGUUUUAUAUGGGCACGUCUCGGUUUGUUUCCGGGAGACCAAAACAAAAACCAUAGCACCAAAACAGAAGCAGGAAGAUUCCGUUUCAAAGCUCUAACUCUUUGCUGCUCAUAGGAAAGACGGCCAGGGAGACGAGAGAGAGUUUAAACUUAUCCCGAGCCGCAAAUGGCUCCAAAUACAGUACAGAAACUAGAAAAUGAAUAUGAAAAUUCAGAUGACUUCGAACCUUCCGUCUCUACAACAAGGAAUCGCGGUGGACAUGAUUAUACUUUACAGAGUGCACUGAGACGACAAAAAGAUCUCCUGCAGCAGCUCAGGGAGCAAAAACUUUUGGAAGAACUUUCACUACCACCUGAAUUGCCAAAAAUUCAAAAAAAGCACUUCAUACCAGAUCAUAUCUACCAGACUCCUCCUCCUUCUCUUCCUCCUGCUGUAUCUGAACAACCAAGGAUUAUCCAGCAGACACUGCCUCAACAACCAGCCACAAUUAUUCAACAGAUACCUCAACAUCCACCUCUCAUCACCCAGAUUCCACCUCCACAGCUUUACCCAGCAUCUCACCCUGGGAGUAUUAAAGAAGAUAUGGUGGAGAUGAUGCUAAUGCAAAAUGCACAGAUGCACCAAAUCAUUAUGCAGAACAUGAUGCUGAAAUCUCUGCCAUUGCCUGCUUCUUCACCAGUUAAUGGGUAUGGGAUUCCUAUGCUUCACUAUGGACAACAGUUUAGUGCUCCUGUUCUGGUAAGACCAGAGAAGUCACGUCCAUCAACAGUACAUCAUCAUCUGUACACACCUUCAGGUGUUCCAUCUCAGAUUGGAUUUUCCAUGUGGCCUUCAGUAAUGCCACCUGGCCUUGGCACACAGCUGGGGGGAUUCCCUUCUGAUGUUCAUAAUGUAGCUAUUCCAGUUACUGCAACACACAGGUGGACAACAAAUAGGACACGGGUCACAUACCUGAACUAUCACGGAAUGUCUUCAUCCAUUACUUUGGUUCACAGCAGGGAUGGCUGACAGCCUGAUUGUUUGCAUGCCUACUCAAAAUUAGAUCCAGCUUAAUUCAGUGGUACUUGUGACGGCCUUCUCUCACGUCACAAAGGAGGUGUCACGUCACUCUCACACACACUUUGUUCACGCUGCCACCAACCAUUCCUUCA